CUAAGCGACCAUCAUUCAGUAUAAAACCCAGAUAACUGACUACAGCACAAUUCAUAAGUUAAAAUAAUCUUUUUGAAUAUUUAAAGACACAAUCAAUAAUUGAACGUACCAAAUAUCUAAUAUUUUUGGAGAUAUUUAUAUUUAUAUAUUAUUAAUUUCAUCAACUAUCAAGUGGCACAAGCGCAGAAAAUAUUUAAUUAAAUAAAAAAAGGAAAACAUGAUAGAUUUUUCCUCCCUGGUUUCAACGAUUCUAUUAUCAUUGGUUUUAUUUUUUAUUGUGAUACAUAUUUAUGUCCACUCAACUGAACGAGGACGUAAUUGUGAUAAAAUUUCAGGACCUAGGUCGUAUCCAAUCAUUGGAAAUAUUUUAGAUAUCACCACUUCUGCUGAGGAGUUUUGGGAUUAUCUACGACGAUCAGCAAGAGAUUUCUAUCCCGUAUGGAAACUUUGGCUCGGAAUUUGGCCCGUCAUAAAUAUUCAUCAUCCGGACGACGUCGAAGUUAUUCUGAGUAGCACUAAAAAUAUACGAAAAAGUAUAGUCUACGAUAUAAUUAAUCCGUGGCUGCAAGAUGGACUUCUACUAAGUACAGGAGAAAAAUGGCGGAGUCGAAGAAAAAUAUUGACUCCAGCAUUCCAUUUCAAAAAUCUUAGAGAGCACCUGAAUUUCAUGAUCGAACAUACAGAACGUGUGAUCAAUGAAAUUAAAUCUGAAGCUAACGAUGGAGUUAUCAAAGAAGUUCUGCCUUUACUUACUACUUUUACCCUGAAAACAAUUUGCGAAUCUACUAUGGGAGUGACAAUGAAAGGAAGUGAUGACGAUGAAGAUAAUUAUGUAAAAUCAGUUCAUCAAAUAGGUGAAAUUUUUUUUUAUCGAGGUGUAAGGCCAUGGAUCAAGAACGAUUGGAUUUUUGGUCUGACUUCCAAAGGUCGAGAGCAGACUAAGAUUUUAAAAUAUCUCCAUGGCUUUUCGGAUAAGAUAAUAAAAGAACGUAUAAGUUACCAUGAAAAAACUGGAGGAAAAUAUUUGAAUGAUUCUUCGUCGGCUGAAUUAAAUUCAAACUCACAAUUUGACGAUGGAAUAAAGCGCAGAAAACUCGCAUUUCUAGACAUUUUAAUCGCAGCUUCAAAGCGUGAAUCGGGAGUCGACCGUAAAGGUAUCAAUGAAGAAGUUGAUACGUUUGUUUUUGAGGGCCAUGAUACUACCGCUACUGCAUUGUUGUUUGCUGUCUUACUUUUAGCUGAACACAAAGACAUUCAAGAUAAAGCAAGAUCUGAGAUUGAAGAAGUGUUAAAAGAAAGUGAUGGGAAAAUGAAUAUGAACGCGAUCCAUCGCCUUACAUAUUUAGAAUGUUGUAUAAAAGAAUCAUUGAGACUUUAUCCAAGUGUACCACUCAUUUCAAGACAAAUUGAAGAGGAUUUACAACUAAAACAUUGCUUUGUACCAAAGGGAACAAUUUUGAAUGUCCAUAUAUUCGACACUCAUCGUGAUCCAAAUUUCUGGCCGCGACCGAACAUUUUUGAUCCAAAUAGAUUUUUUCUGGGGCGGCCGGAAGACAGACAUCCUUUUUCUUACAUCCCGUUUAGCGCCGGACCACGCAACUGCAUAGGCCAAAAGUUUGCAAUGCUCGAAAUGAAGACAUUUUUGGCUGGACUACUGUACAACUUUUACUUGGAACCUCAAGAGGCUACCGAAGCUGUCCGUAAUCGAGUUGAUCUUGUAAUCAGACCUUCCUCUCCAGUUUACGUUAAACUUGUACCGAUAGAAAACAUGGAUUUUUCUUCCCUGGUUUCAACAGUUUUAUUAUCAUUAGUUUUGUUGUUUAUUGUGAUACAUUUUUAUGUCCACUCAACCAAACGAGGACAUUACUGUGAUAAAAUUCCUGGACCUAAAGCGUAUCCAAUUAUUGGAAAUGGUCUGAACACUGCUGUGUCUCCUGAAGAGUUUUGGGAUUUACUACGUCGCUCAUCAAGAGAUUUCUAUCCUGUAUGGAGACUUUGGCUAGGAAUUUGGCCAGCUGUAAAUAUUUAUCACCCUGAUGAUGUUGAGAUUCUUCUUAACAGCACUAAAAAUAUACAAAAGAGUAUACUCUACGAUGUAAUUCGUCCGUGGCUGCAAGACGGACUUCUACUAAGUACAGGAGAAAAAUGGCGGAGUCGAAGAAAAAUAUUGACUCCAGCAUUCCACUUCAACAAUCUCAAAGAGCACCUGAAUUUCAUGAUCGAACAUACAGACCGGGUGAUCAAUGAAAUCAAAUCUGGAGCUAACGAUGGAGUUAUCAAAGAAGUUCUGCCUUUACUUACUACUUUUACCCUGAAAACAAUUUGCGAAUCUACUAUGGGAGUGACAUUGAAAGGAAGUGAUGAGAAUGAAGACAAUUAUCUUGAAUCAGUUCAUAAAAUAAGUGACAUUUUUCUGUAUCGAGGUACGAGGCCAUGGAUCUGGAUCGAUUGGAUUUUUGGUCUGACUUCCAAAGGCCGUGAGCAGAGCAAACUUUUAAAAUAUCUCCAUGGCUUUUCGAAUAAGAUAAUCAACGAACGUAUAAGUUACCAUGAAAAAACUGGAAGAAAAUAUUUGAAUGAUUCUUCGUCAGCUGAAUCAAAUUCAGACUCACAAUCUGACGACGGAACAAAGCGCAGAAGGCUCGCAUUUCUAGACAUUUUAAUCGCAGCUUCAAAGCGUGAAUCGGGAGUCGACCGUAAAGGUAUCAGUGAAGAAGUUGAUACGUUUGUUUUUGAGGGCCAUGAUACUACCGCUACUGCUUUGUUGUUUGCUGUCUUACUUUUAGCUGAACACAAAGACAUUCAAAAUAGAGCAAGAACUGAAAUUGAAGAAGUGUUGAAAGAAAGUAAUGGAAAAAUGAGUAUCGAUGCAAUUCAACGUUUACCAUAUUUGGAAUGUUGUAUUAAAGAAUCAUUGAGACUUUAUCCAAGUGUACCAGCUAUUUCAAGACACAUCGAAGAAGAUUUGCAACUAAAACAUUGCUUUGUACCAAAGGGAACAAUUGUGAAUGCCUUCAUCUUCGACACUCACCGCGAUUCGAACUUCUGGCCGCGUCCGAAUAUUUUUGAUCCGAAUAGAUUUUUUCUGGGGCGGCCGGAAGACAGACAUCCUUUUUCUUACAUCCCGUUUAGCGCCGGGCCACGCAACUGCAUAGGUCAAAAGUUUGCAAUGCUCGAAAUGAAGACAUUUUUAGCCGGACUACUGUACAACUUCUACUUGGAACCUCAAGAAGCUACCGAAGCUGUUCGUAUUUAUUCUGAUCUUGUAAUCAGAGCUUCCUCUCCAGUUUAUGUUAAAUUUGUCCCAAUAAUAAGACAACUAUAAUUAUAUUUAAUUAACUAAUAUAAAAAAUGUCCACCCUUAGUCACUCAAGUAUAUUUUUCGACUGAGCAUCGUGUGGAAAGGAGGUAGAGACUACGCAGCGCGUGUAUUCCAACCCCAAAAGGGUGAGGAAACGGCUUUCCGUCAAACGAAGGUGGACUUCGGUUCCAGUACAUUAAUUUUUUUAUAAACCAAUUAAAGUUUGAAAAUCAUUUUUUAUUUAUAACAAUAAUGGAAAAUUAUCUCACAGACCAUAUUGUGUAUUUCAAAUUGUUAAUUUUAUUCUAAUGUCAGAUUUUUUUUUACACAUAGACGUCAAGUUUUAUUUUUAUUUUAAAAAUAAUUGUUUGUGCGAUUCAAUUUAUCACAAUUAAUAAAUUUAUAACUUUAAUAUUCCUACUUUUUUUUUUUUGGCAAAACCAGAAAUUAUUUUGUCUUCGAUUGUAUUAAAAAUUGAUUAAAAUAAAUUGUAAAUUAAUAAAUUAUUUUUUUCAACGUUGACGUCUUGAAGCCAGUUCAUUAAAGAUGAUGGCAAAUACACAUUUUAUCUUAAGUAUUAAACUUAUUAUGAUUAACAUUAUUUUGUAUUUAAAAUAUAAUUAAAAAUUUCAUGGUUACAAUGGAAGAUACACAGAAACAAGAUGAAUCAUAAUCAUUAUGUAGUGACCGAUAAAAAAAAGUUUAUCGUUAACUACCGGCCAUACUAUUUUCAAAUAUAUAUAUACAAAUUUUUUAUUAUAAGAAUAUGUGAAAAUCUAUUUAUCAGGGUCCCACUUGUGAGAAAAUAAAGCAAAAAAUAUCCUCAUUUAAAAUUUAUCAAAAUAUUUAUAAUAAUAUAACGAGUCGCUUAUACUGAUUUAUCUCGUUAUGUAAAAAAAAAAAUAAAAUUGUUUCAAUGAGGUUCAAAAA